AUGGCCACAAACAACUCGCCUUUCAUAGACUUCUUUCACUGGGUGGACAAGCAUAAAGUCAAAGGCAUCGAUGGCUCCGGAAAUCCAGCACACUACGUUCCGUACGCAGAGCUCGAACGGUAUUGGCAGCCCGACAGGAUCGCCAUUGUCCUCCGGUCAUUCAACUACAACAGGCCGAUAAACGUCGUGAUUAACGAGGUUAUUCGACGAUUCCUUCGCAUCUUCUCGAUCCUGGUUUAUAUCUCCCGACCUGGCGCUCCCAAAGUCAGCUAUAUCCAGCAGUUCUGCAGAUUGGAUCUCGAUGACUACAAUUUGCCAUUCAUGACCAAACCUCCCGCAUUUUCGGAGGCGCCAGACGGUGAAGAAACCUUCAAAGACUUCCUUGAAUACCAGUUCCGCUUUUGGCCGGUACCGUUAGACCCCAAGAUGCACAUGAAGCGGCUCCCUACCCAGUGCGUCCUGCCAAUCACAUUGGAAAGAACGCUCUCCGGUCGUAAGAGUGACACGGCUGUAAUAAAGAAGUGCGUCUUACAGCCUUCCAGCAAUCUGACAGUUCCUGGGGAUACCAUUGUGAUGAAAGAAUACCGAGAAACUGAAUUAGACUUCUCGUUUUCAAAUGAGGUGGAAGCAUAUACUGUUCUGGAGAACCAAGGUGAGAUGGAGAAGGCCUCAAAGUACUUUCUUAGGUACUACGGGUCGUUCAUCCAGAAUGGGAAGGGAUUCAUUCUUCUCGAGUACGCCGACCAAGGCAGUUUGCUGGACUUCUUCCGCAAGAAUCAUCUGCCCCACGAACGAGGCGAGCUCCACCGCCUAUGGAAGAGCCUGUCUUCCAAUCUCUUGCGGGGUCUUGAGAUGCUCCAUAGCCUAAAUGAGAGAGUGACGGAGGAUGUCCUGCGAGGCAUCCACCAGGACUUGAAGCCGGCAAACAUCUUUGUUUUCAGUGGAGAGGAUGGCACUCCGUACAGCUACCGCUUCAAGAUUGGCGAUUUUGGACUGAGUAGUAUCAGUCUGGUAAAAGCCAAGGGCAAGGAGAUGGCGGGUCCCGACAACAAGAGCACGAAGAUGUAUGGCGCCCCGGAGCUCACCAACUAUUAUCAAGACCUAGCACAUCUCGACAAAGGUGUGACAUGGGAAGUGGACAUAUGGUCUCUGGGAUGCGUACUCUUCGAGGUAGCGGUCUGGGCUACCUGUGGCGAACGGGGACGUGAGGAGUUCCUGGAGAAGCGGGAGCGGGAUACCGCCAAAGUACCGCAUCACCACGCCCAAGGCUACGGUGGCUCAUUCCAUGAUGGCGAAAAGAGGAUUGGAGCGGUGGAUGAGAUGUUUGUGACGAUCGUUGAGAGGCGACGCGUCUUCGAUGAUUUGACUGAACCCCUGGCGCAUAUUGUCCUGGAGGAGAUGCUGCUGCCAAAGGACAAGAAGCGGCUCAAUGCGUCACAGCUUCUUACGCGCUUCCUGAGGAAACUGGACAUUCCCCCUUCGGCGUCUCAUAAGCAGAAACCUUCACUUGAACCGCUUGAGAUUUCGCCUCAAUCUCGAGAGAAUGGCGCUCAGCCUUCCGAGACUGACCCUCGAUUUGUCUCUUCGCCGCAGUCAGCCGGCGUUCGUUCGCCGGACGGUUAUAAUAGCCCGGGUCCAGUCUUUGACGGAGAUCCUGGGCCUGCAGGUCUACGUUUUGGACAAACCUGGCACAGACACGAGAUGGAUUCGUCAGAUUGGAGCCGCGAUGAUGUACUCGGCGCACAGGGCGCGGGCAAUCAGAAGUUCAUGCCAUCAAACUUGACGUCCACACUUCCACUUCCACAUGAUCAGCGUCCAUCUCAUGUCUCAGCACUGCCAAUUCAACUCAAUGGUGCUGCCGAUUUGCCAUACAGACCGCAUUCAGAUUCUGACUCAAAUAGGUCAGAGUUGCCAACUACGGAUUCCCAGGUUACUCGAUACUUGAAUCAUGCACCUCCAGGACCCGUAUAUCCUCCGACGCCACAGCCAGGCCUGCUACAGCAAAACCCGGUGCAGUAUGGAUCCCCUCGUCCCGAAAAUGCGCUCCCAGUUCCAGCGCAGUCAUCGCGGUCGGGGAAUCCAACACCUGAAGACACAGGUCAGGCGACAACCGUGCCACCCAGAGAAAGCCGACGAGCCCAAACCGCUACGACACGCGAGUACCCAAUGACGAGCGUCGACCAAGUGAUCACUUGGAUCACCAAGAAGAAGAAGAAUGAUAAGAGGAAUAUCCAUACGGACCCCAUGCCCGGCCAGGUCGAGGCUCUCCAUCAGCUGAAAAACCGCGAACAGAUUUUCGUCAUCGAUGACUCGACGUCAAUGAGGACACAUCACUGGAACGAUGUGAUUCAGACCUUCAAAGCGCUUGCGUACCUCGUCAAGUCGGCCGACCCUAACGGCAUCGAGCUGUUCCUCACGUCGAUGCCGCAGAGGGGCCAGAAGGCACGCAAAGACACGACGAAGAAGCUCAUCCGGUUCUUGAAGGGUUGCGCCAACCAGUCCGCACUUGGCAAUUGCAAUAUGGAGGACAGCCUAGGUCAGAUCCUCGAACGGGUGAAAAGGAACCUGUCGUCGCGCGUCAGCGUCUACAUCUUUACGGACGCGGUGUGGGAGCCGUCCGAGGAGAUUGUCUGUGGCGUCGAUGUGCCAAUCCGGUCGCUCGUAAAGGAGAUGGAGAGGCGUAACUUGCCGCGGACUGACAUCGUGGAUCAAAGAUAUUAUCGCGGAAAUGUCUGGCUCAUGUUGAUUGGAAGCAUCAGCAAGCAGAUAGACAAGGUGAAGGACGUCGACGACAGCAAAGGCCACAACGAUACAAGAGAGGGUGAUAAGGGGGCAGGUUGA